ACAUGGCGGCGGUGUGUGUUUGUAGUGUGUACGUGAGUAUCCGAUGCGUAUGUAGUAGUGCUGUACUGUAAGUAUGUGAUACCUGAUGUGUCUACACUGAUGUGUCGUAUCUACUGCUAUUUAUAUUAGUAAAACUGCAAAUAUAUAAACGAGAUAAUGCCAAGUACAUGUUGCAUUGUUAAUUGCAAUAAUACGAAUAAAAAAGGAUAUCAUUUAUUUAAAUUUCCGAUAAAACGUCCAGAGAUUUUAAAAAAAUGGAUUUGUGCAAUCGGAGGAAAUUUUACACCAAAAAAACACCAUGUAAUCUGUAGUGCUCACUUUUUACCUACAGAUAUCAUGGAAAAAGCAAAUAUAAGUAGUGUUCUAUUAAAAAAUUUGGCUGUGCCAUCAAUAGCUCUGAGAGCUCCUGCUUGUGACACUGUUCCUGCAGUGGAAUGUAAUAGUGAUCCUCUGAUGCAACCUGUUACGAGUUCCAUGAUGGAAUGUGAUACUAUUCCUGCGAUAGAAUAUAUUGCAGCUUCUACAUCUACAGUAAAAAAUAUGUCAUCAAUUGUGUGGAGAAGUAUAUUAAAAGAGAAAAUAGAAAACGCAACAGUUCUUGCUUCAAUUCCAUCACCGAAAACACAACCUGCAAAUGUUACUGGUGGUAUUGCAAAACUGCCCAAGCAAAAAUCAAUUAAAAUCAUGAGCAAUUCACUUAUAUUAAUUAAGAAGAAGCAGGAAAUGAGUCCACGGAAAAAGCACAUGUUGAGAAUAAUCAAAACAAUGAAGCAAAAGCUAAAGAGAAAAGAAAACAAAAUUAAUUCAUUGGAAAAUCUAUUACAAACUCUACGGUAUAAUUAAAAAUUACUCUGUAAAAUAUUACAGUAAUAUAAUUGUUACAUAUAAUUUUCCAUUUAACAGUGUAAGCAUAAUAUAACACAUAUUAUGCACCAGGUUUAGUGUUUAGGUUUAGGUUUUAGUGUUAAGUAGAACAUUAUAACUAACAGUUAUUGUUACUUUGUAUUUACUGGGUAUAAUGUACACUGAAAAAAGAAUUUGACCAUAGUUGUCAAAAUGUAGUAAAAUAAUACUGCUACGAAGGAUUUGAAAUAGGUAGAGAUAGGCCACACCGUUUGCAAUUAAUAAAUAUUAUUUGUCAUAUGUACUUAACACUUAAAAUGUAUUCACUUACAAAAACAACGAAAGAUAGAAAUCCUGCAAGUAACAGACACAAAUUUAUAAAAUUAAUAUUAUUUAA